UUUUGGUGUGGAGGCGCUGUUUCACAGUUUCGGUCCAUCUUGGAGUCGGCGCUCGGCAGUCGAGGACAGAGAAAUGGGAGAAGCAGAAGCUGUUCAAACAGACGAAAAACAGGCUGAUUCGGGUAUAAGUCCUGUUGAAGAGUCGGUCAUAUGGAGUCAAGAGGUGGAGGUGUGCCUUUUCCAUGCUAUGUUGGGUCACAAACCCGUUGGAGUAAAUCGUCAUUUUCACAUGAUUUGCAUUCGUGAUAAAUUCAGCCAGAAUAUUGGGAGACAAGUGUCGUCAAAAGUCAUAUGGGACCACCUUGGAACAAUGUAUGAUAUGCAAGCUCUGCACGAAUCAGAAAUCUUGCCCUUUCCCAACUCUGAGAAGAGUUUUGUUCUGCCAGAUGAAAUUAUACAAGAUGUGAAGGAAGGUAAGCAGGGGGCAGAAGAGGAGGUGAAAGAAGAAAUUAAAGAAGAGAGAGACCCGCCUGCAACACAUGAAGAAGGUCUGGGUCCCAGUUUGGCUGGCCAGGAUAUUGAGAGGCAGCAACUCCUCUGUGAAGAUGAGCGAAAAGCCCAGCAGCAAAGACAAGGAGAAAGACAAAGAGAGGGGUUCAAGUGAUAGCGGUACAGACAAGAGGAAGAGGAACCGUGUGACUGAGAAGGUGCUCAGCUCCAACAGUAACCCCUCCAGCCCAGGUGGAGCCAAGCGUCGCCGAACGUAGCCAGUAGGGGUCACUGUCGAGCUGCCACUGCCGUCAGCUGUGACGCAGCGGGAGAACCUGCUCUCAGUGCAGUUCUGUGAGGCCAAGAGUGUGUGCGAGAAUGCGUCAUGGCAUGGAGGCUGAGAAUCUUUGCAAAAGGCCUGAUAUGUGCUUAGCAGCAGUGGACACGUAGGUGUUUUGAAUAUUUGAUUCGAUCGCUGGGGAAACAGAUCUGUAAACCCAGAAACGGACAGCUUCAGUCCGAGGCUAACACAAUCAUUAAUUUGCUCAAUUGCUCAAUAAUGAGGUUUGUGUUACGGUGGGAUAUUCUAUCAUACUGUGAAAGGUUUAUUGUAGGUAAUACUGCUGGUAGCUAGCGUUGUCCAUGACCCUAAAUGACAUUGAAGAAUUAAAUUGAAAAUUAUAACCCCAAGUGGUGUACAGUUGAACUGAAGGCUUCCUACAUAAAUCAACUUUUGUAGUUACUGUAGUUGUGUAGGAUUGGUUCUUUGCAAGUGCACUACCUGUUUCCUAGAGAAGGAGUUGAGACAUUUGAAGAUCCAUGGCACUGAGUGGCCACACUUUAUUCCCAUCUUCCUGAAGUUAUCCUGACAAUGGCAAGUAAUAUCAUCUCAUUCACACAGCUGUAUGCUUGUUGUUUUCCUCUUGCACAGAACCAAGGGAUGGACUGAAGUUAUUUUAUUUAUUUUAUUCAAAAAGUGUUCCUUUUCUUCAUCACCAUCAUAACCAUUUAUGUGAAUCUUGGCAAAUAACUUGACACUGUUGCAUGCAAGGAUUUAAUGCAUUAACCGUACAUGUCUCAUAUCUGUGACAAUAUUGUACAUCACAUGUGUUGCACACUAUUGAUAGAUAGACGUAUGUGGGUGAUUAAAUACGCAUGCAUACACAGUCUUAUGUUAUAGCAUCUUGUCAGCAUCACUGCUAUACAACUGCCAAGGCUUUUGCCAUUGAACCAUGAAUGACUAUGGGUGCGUGCAGGGUUGUUGCUGAAAUCAAAAUAGUGCAACAAGGUGAUCCUUAAACUGACAUGACAAUUGUAGUGUAUGACAGUCAUUGGUCCUUCUGUUUUCAUUACUAUAUUACAUUCUGUACUGUUGUAAGGCUGACUACUUGAUGUGUGAUUAUACCCUGUAAUAUAGGCAGUAAUCUUAAAUGAUUUUUUAUUUUUUUUUAUUUUACACUCCCAGUCAAUUUUCACUGUGUUCAUUCCAAAAAGGACAAAGGGGAGUUUGGAAGUGCUUGUUGUGAUGUAAUGAUGGUUUAAUUGUUUUUGUGUCACAUUUAUGGGUUUGUUAUAUCUGACGGUCUGUAGAUGAACAACAAUAGAACACUUGUGUGUCUAACCAUCCACAAAAUUCAAGGAUAAUUGCACUCAUUCCUUAUAUUGGCUUUGGACUUGCUCUGUUGUGUGUGAACUUGAUCAUUUGAUUUUUUUAUUUAUUUACCAUGCUCCGUCUUAUUAAAAUUUUAAUUUUA